AUGAUGAAAAUGACGACCGUCACAAUGGACGAGUUCGGAGCGCCGUGCUUCCCCCACGAGACCCUCCUCACUCCUCCCGAGUCGCCCGAGCUCAAACCCCCAGAGGCCCCAGAGGUCCCAGAAGCCAAAGCCGCAGACACCAACAGCACCACAAGCAUCCCUAUCCGCAAGAGCAGAAGCCCCUCCUCCAAGAGAUGGAACGGCGACGGCAAGGGCAUCCAGGUCGACAUUGGUGCCCGCCUGCGCGAGUACCUCGACUGUCUCAACAACCGCAAGUUCGACGUCAUCGGUAACCACCUCGCCGACACCCUAGAGCGCAACAACCGCACUCAGACCCGCGAGGAGCACGUCGACCGCCUGCGUUCCCGCGUCGAGGGCCUCGCGAGCUUCAAGAUCAAGAUCGACACCCUCCUCGUCGACAAAAAGGCCCAGGCCGUCGCCGUGCGCUACAUCAAUCGCGUCACCCUCGCCGAAGCCAUGAUGGACGUCGACCCCGUCGGCACGACAUACGAGUUUGACGAGCAGUGCUUCGUGUGGUUCGACGACAGGGGCAAGAUCGCGCGCAUGUUGACCCUGCAAGACAAUGACGGCAUCCGCCUCCAGACGCCCGAGGCCGCGACGACGCCGCGCUUCUUCACGCGCAGUCUGCCCGCGGAGCCCGUCGACCUGGCGGCCACGUACCGCAAGUACGUCGCGAGCAUCAACCGGCGCAGCAUGGUCAAGGAGUUCCCGCGCUACUGUAAAAAGGAGCUGCGGCACAACAACCGCGUGCUCUCCGUGCAGGACUACGCGCGCAGCAUGCAGUACAGCCAGGAGGCGAUUUCGGGGCUGUGGUUCAAUAUCCAGGAGCUGCUCGUCGACGAGGAGACGCAGCAGGUUGCUGUGCGGCUGCAGAUCUCGGGGACGCCGGUGCAGGAGUUUGCGGACGCGAAGCCCAAUGGGAAGAGCGUAAAGUUCCACGAGCACUGCAUGUAUCGCUUCGACAAGGGCAAGAUUGCGCUCGUGUGGGCGACGAUGGAGCUGGAUUCGUAUCGUAGACAGCUCCAGGAGAAGCCUGUGGAUCGGAGAAAGUCGUCCAUGUUGGGCAUCAACUGA